UUGAAACCAAGUCAAAUUACACACAGAUAAACUUCUCUAAUCUCUCCCGCCACCCACUCCUAUCUUCCUCUAAUCUCGCCUCUCAUCUCUCUCAUUCUCUUUCUCUCUCUCUCUCUCUCUCUCCACUCUCAUCAUAUAAAGACGUUAAACUCAGUCCUUCUUAUUCCAACUCUCUAAAGUCUCAUCUCUCUCUGUUUUUUGGUGUCUUGUCUCUUCUUCUUGAGAGCUUAAAAACAGAAAUCCAAAUGGCCAUUGUCGAUGUUGAUGAUUCAUUCAAGAGACCAGGAAGUAUACCUUUCAGCUGGGAGAUCCGACCCGGUGUACCCAAGACCCGAAUUUCUCAACCCGGUAACACCACUACUCCUUUUCUUCACCCUCUAAAGAAGCUAUCCCCUCUCCGGUUAAAACCAUUGUCACACUCUCAGCCGCUUUACCCGCCGGCGUUAUCUCCGCCGUCGUCUUCUUUCAUCUCCAACUCAAAAAGCCGUCCUUUAUCUCCUCUCACUUCUUUUUCUACUACCCCAUCGAAGCUCAAGCCACCACCAACGCCGUCGUCGCCUUCUGUAUUCUACUCCCCUGGACCUUCUUUCCGAUCAUCUCCGCGAGCUUUCUCGGAACGGUGGCAGCCCCAACGCCCGAACCGAAUCCGACCCGGAUCCGAACCCGAACCCGAACAAAGCUCCGAUUUUUCCGUUGCCGGAUUCGGGUGUUUCCCGUCGCCUAAGUUUAGGCUGAGGAAGAACAAGAGCGGUGGUAGUAGUCGGAGAAAAAACCGGUUGAGAUCGGAGAAUGAAUAUUACUGCUCCGAUAUGGAGACGAUGUCGCCGUGGACUGUUUCUAGCCGGAGAUCGGUUUCACCAAGAUGGGACUCUCCCAAGUCGUCCUUCUCUUCUCUCCGAUUCUCACCACGAAUCACCAACGAAGCUGAGUGGGUCGGGUUUGGGCUCUUUUGAGCACAGUUUUCAAUUCAAUGAUAUGGCUCGAGAUCGGUUCUUUCUUUAGCCAUCCGAACCAAGGAAAAAAGCUUGAAUUGAAUCGCUUAAUUCAAAUUAAAACAAAAUCUUGGGCUAUAAAUGAGAUUUUUAUAAAGUUUAGGGUCCUAUAUUUAAUGUAAUUGGAGUUUUCACAUCUUUGUAAUAUAUAAAAUUUGUGGAUACCUAAAGACAAAAUCCACAAUUUUGAAGUUUUGAGUGCGGGAAGAUAUAAAAUGUAGUAAAAUUAAUU